GCGCUUCUCUUCUCUCUCCCCCCUCCCCCCACUGUGUGACGGCUGUGAAUAAUAGUUCCUUCCCAGCAGGCCUCGCCUCUCUCCUGCCCGUCACCCGCGUGUUCUCGCGUGGUUUCCUCUCCUCGCGGGGGAGGUUGCGUGGGGAGGGGGAGUAGAAGAGGAAAAGGGGUGGAGACUUGAAGCCGCUUCAGACCGCCCGCCUUCUCCGUCCUCCGUCGCGCCGCUUAGUCAAGCUCGUGCUCCUUGGACGUUCCUUUCCUGCCUUAAAAGUCGGUGAGGCCCGAGGCGCGCGGCGGGAUUGAUAGCAUGGGGUGGUGGGUGGGGAGAGAACGCGGCUUGGCGGGCGCUGAUUGGGCGGGGAGCGCGGCGCGAGGCUGGCCCGUAACGGCCGCGCUGGCAGGGCCGGUUGCUGGGCCUGCUUCUCCCCUCCUCCUCCCCCCUCCUUUCCCUUCACUCGCCCGCGCCCUCUGGCCCGGCCCGGCCUGGCGGGUAACAAAGCGGCGGCCUCUGUUGGGCAGUGACGCCGCUGAGGGAGGGAGGGGACGCGGCUGUGGCGGCGGCCAGGAGGGGCAGCAGCGCGGGACUCAAGCCUAGCCGGGGCGGCGGCGCUAGCGGGAGACUUCCCCCUUCCCUUCCUUUCCGGGGCCAUCGCUUCCAGCUCCUGCAGCGGCCGCCUCCGCCCGGAGGGCUCGGUGGGUAGGCCGUGAGGGAGGGAAGGAGGAGGGCGCCUCGGGUCGGCUGAGGGAAGAGUCUUCCGGGAAAAGGCCUGUUUCCGGCCCAGGCAGCGGCACGAGGCGGGGCACCCCCCCCCAACUACACAAAAAAAACGUACACACGGCCUACCCGUGUUUGUAGAUGGGGGGUGAAGGGUGGGGACACCUCCCGGGGCUGAGUGGGUGGCGCCUGGUGGGGAAGGAGGAGGAGGGGACUCAACGUUUGGCGAUUGCAUUUUGAAAAGAAUUUCUCUUUUUUAAAAAAUAAUAAUAAUUUUUAUUGAGUUUUCCAUUUUAACAAUCCAAUCGCAUCACAUUGAAUAUUCCAGAUUGUACAAAUACAUAUCAUAAAGUCCAAAUAUUUUGCCAAAUUAUAAUUUUUUUGUUGGGGGUUCCCAUGCUUCAAGUUCAGUAGGGUCCAAUCAUCUCAUGUUUCUACUGCCUUGAGCGUCAGAAUUUCUCAGCCUUUUUGCUUCAGUGCAAGAUGAUUAGCUGGCACGUUUUCCAAAAUCUGUAUGCGCUCGUGACUCUUGGUGGUUGUUUUUUUUUUGGGAGAGACCAUGGUGGGGAAAGGAGGAGUUUUAAAUACCACGAGGAUGGGUGAAAUAAGCCCUGUGGAUAAAACAGCUUUUUGCAUUCCCCCCUGCAUUUUUUGCAAAAGUGUGAAGGGCAUCUUAAGUUAUUUUCCUUCUCCCCUGGCGCCCUGAAUUGAUACUCUGUCCUGAUGUAACAUUAUUCCAAGGCACAUGCGAUUGGGGGGGGGGCUUUCCCCUAGCUAAGCAGUAGCCAUGGGGUUGCUGGUAAGUUUGGUCCCCUCAAAAUCCAAGCCCUGCCACCCCAAAAACGUGAAAGAGGAUAGCUAGUUUCAGUCUGGUUAUGCUAUAUGCUUCCGGAAUGCAUUCAGGAAUUUUGAGAAAUUUUGGCCCAUCCCCAAAACUUCAUUCACACCCCAAUACCUAGAAACAUGCCGGAGGAAUGUUGGCCCUGCCUUGUGUUUUAUAGACAGCUAUGAUUUUUUGGAAGAGCAGGUACUGUAAUCCUAAGCGCACCUGCUCAGAAUCAUCCCAUUUUGUUCAGGUGCAGUUAGUUCCAGGGAAGUGUUCAUAGGACUACAGCCUUGUUGGGGUAUACAGAGGACCACAAAUGCCCCUUUAAAAUACCCCUCUUGUUCUUGCUUACAGUUUAAUCUGGAAUGGACAGGGCUUUAAACAUUGUGAUACUCUUGCUGCUCCGCCUGCCCCCCCAACCCCUCCCUUUUCCCAUGAAGCCUUAAAUGCAGUUCAUGCUUUUGCUUUUUUGUGUUAAGGCUGGAUUCUAUACAUGCAAUUAAUACGUUUGGACUGAGAGCCUUUCUUUUUACUUAUAAUUAUGAAGUCGAGGUGUGAGGACAUAGCCACGUACCCCUUGGCUAUCUUGAUACAUUCAUCUUAUGAUUCAUCUCACUGCAGGCAGUGUCAGGCAACUGGAUCUAACCAACUUAAAAUCUAUCACAGUGCCCCUAGCCUAGUGUUGCUGUGGGGCAUUGCACUGAAAUAAAAAGAUUGCUGCACCAUUUAGCCAGCAGUGCUUGGAGCCCACUGACAUAGGAAAGGGCCCACAAGAGAACACUUUAUCAAGGAGCUAGUCCUGACUUAAUUAUGGCCUUACUUAAUUUUAGGCAGAGUACUGGUAAAAAUCAUGCGGUUGGAAGUGCCCCGAUUCCAAGUUAAGGUUGACCCCAAGUUCAUUAAUAGGCCUUUAUAGUCUCUUGGUCUCAGCCCCAGCGCUCUGCUGUGUUGAUAACUGCUGGUCCAGUAUCAACUACUCACCUCAGAAGUCAAAGUAUUUGCUCUUCAAACCAUAGAUUCAGAUCAUGGCAAUGCUUGAUUUGUUCUAACCAUACUGUAGUUGGUUCAAUUUAGAUUUAGAUCUUAGGGAAAACUGUGGUAAGAACCAACUGGGAAAGGGAGAAGGGAAUUCUUAUGCAAGGGGGGAAAGGAGGAAGAAAAACGCAGCAUGUUUCUAACCUCUCAGCCCAGAUUUAUUCAAUUUAGGCAUCAUAGAACCUGAAGUCUGUUAUGUCUUUUGAAACCUAGGAAAAGGUUUGUAAACACUUAAUGUUUCCAAACGUUAAAGUAGAAAAAAAUAGUUAAAUAAAAUAGGAAACCAUUAAGAUGCAUUUUUAGGAUGUUGCCAAUAGCUAGCUGGCAGGUGCUUAACUGAAGUCUUCCCAAACUCUUAGGGAUGAUCUGCUUAACUGAUACAUCUUGAAAAUUUUGUUUCUUUCCAUAGGGUGUCUUUUAUGAAUAAUCAAAAGCAGCAAAAGCCAACGCUAUCAGGCCAGCGUUUUAAAACUAGGAAAAGAGGUAAGCUAAUUAUAUGUAUGCUUAAAUUGUUUCUGUCUAAUACAGUUGGUCAUCUGAGAGAAAGUUUGCUUGUGGUCUGUAUUGUGUGUGUUUUUGCGCGCGCGCGCACACACACACACACACACACAAACACAGAGAAAGCUGCAUUGACAGUUUGGUGGAAAGUCUUUAGGACUGAUCUUUGAUCAACUACACCUUCUUUAUAUUAAGGCAGCUAUGUCUUACAUAUAACACAACAGUGAGAGUAGUGUCAAUAUCCUUGUUGUUGUUUUCUUCACUUAUCACCUGCUUUUAAAAUAAAAAUAUUUGUUUUAAACAAAAAUAUACUUUGACCUAAAAUCUUAAUUUUAUUAAAGCCAGUGAACUAAUGAACCCAUUCUCCUUUGUCUCCCAGUGACAGGUUUUUAGUCUGUUUAAAAAUCAGAUUGCAGCCUUUGAUUUAUCUGACACACUGAUGGUCUCACAUACUGAGCUUGAACAAAAUUGUUCACUGCGAGCUGUAUCCAGCAGCAUCCUAGCAUGAGUGAAAUAGACUUAUGCCCAUGCAGCAGGACUUCCCCCUUCCUCUCUGUCUAAUCCUGUAUGCACCCUUCCGCACCUGUCCUUCACCCAAGGAUCACAGGGUGGUUUACAAUAUCAGAUAGUAUAAAACCACUAAAAUACAUACCAUAGUAACAAACAAAAAACAACAAUCUACACACAGUUUAGAAGGCCAUAGAUUGGCUCAUUAGCCAAAGGCCUGGGAAAAGCAGCAGCAAUGGAUGCAGAAGUAGCCCUAACCCGGGUAUCUGUUCCUCCAGAGAGAAUGUAAUCCCAUCAAGACCAGGCAACCUCCUAUCCAUCCAGUCAAGAGAACCACCCACUAACAGUACCUCAAUCUUAUCUGGAUUGAGUUUUAGUUUCUGGCUCUCAUCCAGUCCAUUAUCUAGGCAAGACAAUGGUCCAACACAUCCACUGCCACAACUGCAGAUGUAAAGGAGAAGAAGAGCUGUGUGUCGUUAGCAUAUUGCACUCAGCUGGUUCAUGUAGAUGUUAAAUACUAGGGGGAAUACAAUCGAACCCUGAGGAACCCUACAUUGAAGGCUCCAUGGAGCCAUAUGGUAUUUCUACCCAUGGAUUCAAAUUUUCAUGGUUCUUUAAUGCUUGGCUUUAGGAGAGAUGUUUGUUUUAGAUGGGUAGGUGCUAUAUUUAACUUCAAGCCGGUCAACUACGAGCUUUCAAAGGUGUUAUGGCUAGGAAAGGGCCUUAAUUUUGCCUCUGCACUGGGCGUAUAUCUCUUGCUUGCUACUAUGACAUAUAAAUAGUUCAGCCAAGUUGCUAUGUGUCAUGCCAGAAAGCACAGGAAUACUAACUUGUGGGUAGUAAUUAUGUAAAGGAGUGUUUGUCUGUUCAGUGUUUCUUCAGGAAAAGGAGAGAAAAGUGUAGCUUUAAUGAAUUCUAAAGUGAAAUGUUGUUAUUUUAAAUAUUAUUUUGGUAUGGUUUCAGUUAAAUGACUUGUGAAGGUGAAAGCAAAUCUUGAUCCUAUGACUUAAAAGAUAUAGCACAUGAACUUCUGUGCCAGCAUAAAAACAUCACAAAAUUGAUUAUUGUCAUUGAGCCAGAACCCUGAAUCUAAUAUUUAGAGUUGGGAUAGGUCCAUGAUACGAGGUCUUAUUUGAACUCAUUUCUGUAAUCGACGUUCAAUUUUAUGGUGGACAUUCCAGCUUUUUUGUUUUGUUUUUGUUAAACCUUUGAAACUGAAGGAGCUGCACACUUCAUGUCAGGAUGUUCUAGGGAAAAGAGUGUAAUCUGCUGUUUAGUACUGCUCUGCUCAAAUAAGUGAGAAAGAAUGAAACUGAACUGAGUGAAAAAGGUGGAAUUCCAAUAAACAAAUUAGUAGGUGGGAGUGGGAUCCGGAAGCAGAAAUAGAUAAGUACUGUCUUGAUCUGCUGAAACAUGGUGGGUGAGCUGGAAUGCACACAUGACAUAAUACUGUGGUACAGUGGUGCCUCGCAAGACGAAAUUAAUCCGUUCCGCGAGUCUCUUCGUCUUGCGGUUUUUUCGUCUUGCGAAGCACGGCUAUUAGCGGCUUUAAGAAAAAGGAAACAAACUCGCAAGAACUCGCAAGAUGUUUCGUCUUGCGAAGCAAGCCCAUAGGGAAAUUCGUCUUGCGGAACGACUCAAAAAACGGAAAACUCUUUCAUCUAGCGAGUUUUUCGUCUUGCGAGGCAUUCGUCUUGCGGGGCACCACUGUAUUAGUCUUUGGAUAACAAAUGCUCAGUAUCUUGAGGAUCAAAGAAAACUGAUACCUGAGUUCUAAAUGUCAUAAGUGAAAGAAGAUCCUCUCAUAUUCAUGGAAUUUAGUUCCAUGUAAUAUUUUCAGAAAUUUUAUUUAUAAUUUUCAUUAUUACCAUCAUGUAAUGUUUUCAGAAGUGGAGUAGCAAGCAAUUAUAACAACUUUGAAUUUCUGUGGGUGGUACUAAAAUUUUAGCCCAUUAUAAAUAGACUGCUAAUUAAGAUUUCAGGUGCAGCUGAUAUUUUGAUUGCUUUUUACCAGAUAUUCUUGGCUUAAGAGAGUGCUCAAACUGACAGCACUUAUGGUAUGCCAAAAAUGAUUUUGCUGUGACUGUGGCCCUUAGUUUUCUGUCUGUUGUAUACUUCUGGUAUCUUACAGUGAGAGUAUCUUGUGUUCUAGUACAGAAAAGUGGCUUAUUUGAAGCUGAGAAUCUGGCCAUUCAAAGAUCUUGAGGAAUAUAGCAAAUUCAUGAAGGCAAGCGCAUGAAGUUUUUUUUUUAAUAGAUGAGUUUAAAGAGAACUUCUGCAAUGCAUUCAUAUGAGGGUUUUUAUAGAGAGAACCAGAAUGUAAUAAAAUGGCGAGAGGUAGAAAUAGCUCUUUGAACUGCUGGUGAGAGUUAGCUUGCUCAGUGAUAAACUGAUUUGUGUCAGAAUCACUAUUUAAAGUGAAAGGGAAAUACCUAUGUUUGUGGAAGAUUGAAGCAGACCUUAAUAGUUUCUCAGUCAUGAACGCUGUACUCAUGUUUUCCACAUCCUGAAAAUUGUGCUGGAUACUGGUUGAUAAUUCAGGUAAUUAUUGUCAAUUUACUGGUGCCACUCCAGAAAAAGAAGGGUGUGGCCAAAGGCUGAUGUGGAACCAUUUUAUUUUGAUCUAUAGAACAUGGGUGCUAACUUUUUAAAGGUAACUUUCUUUGAAUACAAAGCACACUUCUUGAUGGAAAAGGGUUUGUUUUGUAUUUUGCUAAAAAUACCAAACCAUAUAUCAUGCAAAAAGGGGGAAAGCAUAGAUCUUUAAAGGGCCUGGUGAUGGGCCUCUCCAAAGUGUAAUGGAAAUCUCCAGUAACUUUAAAGUGGAAAAUGGCCAUAAUAUGCUCCCCUGAUGUGCGGUAUAUUAAAUGCCAAUCUUCUAUCUCAGCAGUGUGCCAUACAGUGUAAUAGUUGUCCAUAUACAAAACUUGUUGUGUUUCUUUGAGUUGUGAUUAUUGAGAUGUUUUGGACUACAACUUGCAUUAGCCAAAUAGAUGUUGUAGUCGAGAACAUAGAAUCAUAGAAUUAUAGAGUUGGAAGAGACCACAAGGGCCAUCGAGUCCAACCCCCUGCCAAGCAGGAAACACCAUCAGAGCACUCCUGACAUAUGGUUGUCAAGCCUCUGCUUAAAGACCUCCAAAGAAGGAGACUCCACCACACUCCUUGGCAGCAAAUUCCACUGUCGAACAGCUCUUACUGUCAGGAAGUUCUUCCUAAUGUUUAGGUGGAAUCUUCUUUCUUGUACAGUGGUGCCUCGCAAGACGAAAAGAAUCCGUUCCGCGAGUCUCUUCGUCUUGCGGGUUUUUUCGUCUUGCGAAGCAAGCCCAUUAGAGGUUUACCGGCUUAGCGCUACAGUAUUAGCGGCAGCGGCAAAGAUCAGCUGAUAGCGGCUAGCACAGCUGUUAAGCAGCAAAGAUCAGCUGAUAAGCGGCUUAGCAUCAGCUGUUAAGCAGCUUAAAGAUCAGCUGAUAAGCGGCUUAGCCAUCAGCUGAUAAGCGGUUUAGCGGCUUGGGAAAAAGGGGGGGGGAAAGGAAAAAAACCCCGCAGGAACUCGCAAGACAUUUUCGUCUUGCGAAGCAAGCACAUAGGAAAUUCGUUUUGCGAAGCACCUCCAAAACGGAAAACCCUUUCGUCUAGUGGGUUUUCCGUCUUGCGAGGCAUUCGUCUUGCGGGGCACCACUGUAGUUUGGAUCCAUUGCUCCGUGUCCGCUUCUCUGGAGCAGCAGAAAACAACCUUUCUCCCUCCUCUAUGUGACAUCCUUUUAUAUAUUUGAACAUGGCUAACAUCUGGAGGGCAGCUGGCUGGCAAAGGCUGAUGUAUCAGCAGUAUGAACCUGUACAACAAGAGUGAGAGAUACUGGGGAACUGGGUUCGGGACUUCACAUAUACAGAGGCCAUGUCGUGCCCCAGCCCUAGAAGGCUCUUUUACCCACUACUGUACUGUUCUCUAGUGAAUUAGCAUGAUUUGAGUGUCCUACUUCCUGGUCAACCCUGACUCUCAAAGGGUAUUUCAAAGAAGAAAGGUUUCCAACCUUUCUGUUCCUCAGCAUCUAUUGAGGAGCUACAUUACAGAGUGGCCCCACAGUAGGUAAUGCUUCUUUAGAAUCCGCUUUCUUUCUUCUUUUGACUCAAGUUUGCUGUCAUCAUUCACAAUACCAGUAAAGAAAAAUCCUUUUAUCUUGUUCUGUGAACCACUCAGAGACUUCUGGGUAUAGGGCGGUAUAUAAAUUCUAGUAAUAGUAAUAAAAAAAUUUAUCUGGCUCCACUAUUUUUUCCAACUGCCAGCCUGAAUCUAACUGCCACUUUGUUGUGUGUGUGUUAUUUGUACCCAUAUAAUUUGUUGUGAUGAAUUUCAUUGAUUGAACUGUGUACCUAAAUUGAGGCCACUCUCUGUAAUAUGAUUUUAUAUUAAAGAAAUGUAAUAAAUAGUACUAUGUUAACAGAAUUUUUAUUUAUUUAUUUAUUGCAGAUGAAAAAGAGAGGUUUGACCCCACUCAGUUUCAGGACUGUAUUAUUCAAGGUUUAAAUGAAACUGGCAGUGACUUGGAAGCAGUAGCAAAAUUCCUUGAUGCUUCUGGAGCAAAACUUGAUUAUCGCCGCUAUGCAGAGACACUCUUUGACAUUCUGGUGGCUGGUGGAAUGCUGGGUAAGUGACCUUAAGAGUGGCUUUUUGGUUUACAAACGUGCUUGUGUAUUUGCAUGGCUGGAUCUUAAAACUAACCAACCAUUCAUUGGUCAUGAUCUCAGUUGCUACUGAUUAUGCAUCCUCUGUACCUUCCAGAAUAUAAUAUCAUUAGAGCUCUUUUCUCUGUGAAGGGCUUCGCAAAACACAGAAGUGACGUAGUAUCUUACGGUAGCUGUUAACAACUGAUGAUCCAGUUCAGUUUAGGAAGAUGAAAGCUUCUAGUCAGCCUUCAGUGUUUUCCUGAAAAACUAGCAUCCUUGUAAAAAGGUGGGGCUCCUAAUUCUUAGCACUGGGAAAUAUAUUUAUCUUGCUCCGUUUGCCAUUGAACUUUAAGUAGUUGGUUUUCACUGUCUGUUGAUUUACUUCACAUUGCAUUGUAUUAAACUUAAACGCUGUUCUAAUUAGUGAAAGUGAUCUUAGCCAAUGUUAGCUUUUCUUGUAAAACUAAACACCAAUUUCUCAAUAGCCCCAGGUGGUACACUGGCAGAUGACAUGAUGCACACAGAUGUCUGUGUGUUUGCAGCACAGGAAGACCUAGAAACGAUGCAAGCAUUUGCUCAGGUUUGUUUUGUUGUUUUUUUUAAAAGUGGCUUUUCUUGAUUCUACCUCCCUGCAAUAUAAACAUCCACAAAAAAGCAGAUUGCAUGUAUAAAGAGUUCGUGAUUGAGCCCAACAGGGAUUGUUGAGGGCUUAAUUGCUGAGGGGUACCUGCUGGCACUGACCAGAGCCGGAGCAGUGAUGGGCACAGCCAGAGACAAAAGUGUUCUGGAUUAUGGAGGGGCGGGAUUUCCUUAUCCUCAAGUCAAAUAAUAAGGAAAAAAGUUUUUAAAAAUCAGUUGAUUUUAUCAGGUAAAAAUACUGCUUCUUCCAGUUGUUCUGAAAUUACAUAGAGAGGGGGAAAGCCUGACAAAAUGAGGAAAUUGACAGAAAGAAAGUUACUGCUGGGAUGCAAAGAUUCUGGGGGAUCCCCUUGCUGGGGAAGAUUCUGAAGGCGCUAGGGGAACAUAAAAUGAAAGCAGGACUGCAUAUGGCCCCUAGGUAUCAGGUUGCCCACCUUUUCUAUGAAAACUAUAGUCUUAAUUGCUAACAUUUGUCUUUCAGGUCUUUAACAAGCUGAUCAGGCGUUACAAAUACCUGGAAAAAGGCUUUGAGGAUGAAGUCAAAAAGGUAUUGCAAGUUGAAACUAUUUUUUGGACUAUGGCCUUAUAGAUACUCCUGUAUAUUUGUGUGUUUGUUACUAUUCAGCAAAACAUUUAGACUGCAUGGGCACAUAUUCCUUGGCUAGUCACUUAGGGCCUGAAAGAGAAGAAUAAUUUCUGUCCCAUUUAUAAAAGUUCCAUUUUCUGGUUACCUGGAGGGUAUAGUUCUCCAUAGGCAUCAGAGUAAGUGGCUGUGCAGAAACUCCGUGUAAGACUUUCAGUCAUUAUAAUAAAAACUCCGCAAAAGGGAUUCCUUUUCUUGUUUCCAGUGAUACAUUCCUUUAUAUCUCAUGGUAGCAUUCAUAAAUGAUUUCAGCACUUCGCUUGUUUCAGGGUGUUGACUGUGACUUUUACCCUUUGCAGUUGCUGCUAUUCUUGAAAGGUUUUUCAGAGUCUGAGCGGAACAAACUGGCCAUGCUGACGGGUAUUCUUCUGGCCAAUGGGACACUUAAUGCGUCAAUUCUCAACAGUCUAUAUAAUGAGAAUCUAGUUAAAGAAGGUAAUUGUGGUAAACUAUUUUGGAAGUGUUCCCUGUCUGUUUUGAUAUUUAGAGAUGUAUUCCUGCACAGUGUGUUAGGUUUCUCUUCACCAGUAGAAGUCCUGUCCAACCCCAGUUCCUAGCAUAUGAGUAUUUUUCUCAGAAUUUUACACUACAAGACCCAGAUUUUUUUUAAGAUUCACAGGUUGAAGUAGGAACUAGGUAACAGACUGUGCAUUUGUUUUAGUAAUAGUGAAGCAAAACCUUAUCAUUUAAUCAUCCAAUGUGACCUUUGCACGUCCAGUGAGAGUGCUAGAAAACCUUUCCUCAUGAAGCCAGUCAGGAGGUGAUACACAAAGAACGAUUUCAUUAUCAAAAUCUGUUGACAGUUUGAGACAACAAACCCACCUGUGUUUUUAUAUGCUAACCUGUGCCCUACAGAUGUAGAUGGACUACAACUCCCAUCAUUCUUGUCCAUUGGCCGUGCUCUAUGGGACUUAUGGGAGUUGGGAGUCCAAUCACGUCUGGAGGGCCAAGGGUAAGUCACAUCUGAUAGUAGGACAGUACUAAGCAGGACACCUCUUCAAGAGUAUUAAAAGUAACCAUACAACUCCUCAUGCAGGUGUUUCAGCAGCCUUUGCAGUAAAACUGUUCAAAUCAUGGAUAAAUGAAAAAGAUAUCAAUGCAGUGGCUGCUAGUCUUCGUAAAGUCAACAUGGACAACAGGCUGAUGGUAAGUAAAUAAGAUAAUCUAUUUUUGCUGCUGAAAACAAAGUAAUUUGAGAUGGGCAACUUUUUUUAAAGUACAGUGGUGCCCCGCAAGACGGAAAACCCGCUAGACGAAAGGGUUUUCCGUUUUUGAGUUGCUUCGCAGGACGAAUUUCCCUAUGGGCUUGCUUUGCAAGACGAAAAUGUCUUGCGAGUCUAGAGAUUUUUUUUUCGCUUUUCCCCCCCUUUAUCUAAUCUGCUAAGCCUUUAAUAGCCUUUAAUAGCCUUUUAGCAGCUAAUCCGCUAAGCCUUUAAGCCUUUAAUAGCCGCUAAACCGCUAAUAGCGCUAAUCCGUUAAGCCGCUAAUAGGGUUGCUUUGCAAGACGAAAAAACCGCUAGACGAAGACUCUCGCGGAACAGAUUAAUUUCGUCUUGCGAGGCACCACUGUACACCGCAAAUAAUCAAUAUCAAUGUUUCAGGAACUCUUUCCAGCCAACAAGCAAAGCCUUGAACACUUCACAAAAUACUUCACUGAUGCAGGAUUAAAGGAACUCUCUGAAUACGUCCGGAACCAGCAGUGCAUAGGGGCUCGUAAGGAACUGCAGAAAGAACUUCAGGAGCAGAUGUCACGUGGGGAUAACUUUAAGGAUGUAAGUACAUUGGUUUCCUCUGCUCAUAGCUUAUGAGCCUCUUUGGUCUCUGAUACUCAUUUUUCGUAACUUUGGCAUCUGCCGUGGCAACCAGGGAAGGUGAAAGUAGCUUGGUUUUCUAGCUGCCUCAAUUGCUGUAACAAUUUUUGCUGUUAAAAUAUUUUCUUUCCGAGUGUGUUUGGCGAAUUAACUUUGCGCUAAUGUCCGCACAAUGUAAAAUGCUGACAGCAAGGUGGGAAGUAUGAAACCUUGUUUAAUAAUUUUUGAAAUAACUGCAGAUAUUUAUGAAAAUAACGAUAAUGUUCAGGAACAGUUAAGCAUGCUCACAUAUACAUUUGUACCUGUUCAGGCUAUAGCCUUUUCACCUGUGAAUAAUGCUAUUGUGUUUAUCACAUUUGCACCCUACAAGGAGUCCAGGAAAGCAUGCACUGGGUUAUCUUGAUCUAUGCAGUAAGCCCUGUGAAGAAAGCUGGUCUGCAAGAUGGUGACGUUCUCCAAGGCCACCGACCAGGGAGCUCUGUGAUUGAACAGGGAUUUGAUCCCUUUUCCUUGGCAAGGGUUUGGGACACAGCUGGCUGGUUUCACCUUGCUUCCUAAGGACUGGUUGUUGCUACAGUGCACAAACCAUAGAUGUUUUAGGGCUAGAGCUCCCACCAUCCCCAGGCAGCAUAGCCAUUGAUAGCUCGUGGUAGCUGGGGAUCCAAGCAAUUUGGAGGGUGGAAGGCUACCAUAGUUGAGCUGCCCAGUUUCUGUGCUUGGUUUCCAUGGUCAAUGAGAAAUGUAUUAAGAUUUCAUAUUCUAAAAUGGGGGUGGGGAAGGAGAAGCAAGAUGCCUGUGUCUAUAGGCAGAAACUGUAGAAAAGAAUGGGAAAAUGGCUGUUCGCACCUUGAGCUGUGUCUUGAAUUUCACAUUCUGAGUCUUGACAGAAAUGUCUUAAAAGGUGGUGCACAAUGUACCCUCCCUGCGAGAAGUGAGGUUACAGGGAACCAGGCAGUGGCACCCGCCCUGUGGAAGACCCUCCCAUCAGAUGUCAAGGAAAUAAACAACUAUCUGACUUUUAGAAGACAUCUGUAGGGAGCCCUGCUUAGGGAGAUUUUUACUGUUUGAUGCUUCAUUGUGCUUUUAAUUCUGUUGGGAGCCGCCCAGAGUGGCUGGAGUAUAAAUGAUAAGUAGUAGUAGCAGUAGCAGUAGUAGUAGUAGUUGUUAUUACUCAAGGGCGGUGCCAAGUAUUGUAGCAUUUACUGCUUGGGUAGAACAAAGUUAAUCUCUAGGCCCAAGGAAAUCUAUACCUGAAAAUCUAAGCAAAGCUUGUCAAUACACGUGGAAGAAUGUUAUGUGACACUCCCUGGAAUUGCUUGUCUAGAUCAUCUUGUAUGUCAAGGAAGAGAUGAAGAAAAACAACAUAUCAGAACAGACUGUGAUAGGCAUUAUCUGGUCCAGUGUAAUGAGCACUGUGGAAUGGAACAAAAAAGAGGAGCUAGUAGCGGAACAAGCCAUCAAGCACUUGAAGGUAUUUGUAUGUUCAUUUUUUAAAAAGUAUAUCAUAUAAGCAAACUUCUGUGGGUCUAUUGCCGUGCAGGCAUGGGUGCAAAAGCCACGUAAUCAUUCCCUCUGUAUCCAGCUGAAUUUUCAGGUGCUCAUGCAGAUAUCAUGUUAGGGGUAACGCUGAGGUUUGCAGACAAAUCAAAUGAAUUUUUUUUUUUAAAAAAAGAAUGUAGCUGGGGUUGUACAUAAAUGUGUCUCCCACCACAACCCACCCCACCCCCCGCCAAAAAAAUAGGAGAGAGGGAAAGCCCCAAACAGGCCAAGAUGGGACUGAACCUGCUCACUGGGCACAAAAUGUGCACUGGAAAGUAGGAUAGGGAAUGAAAGCUAGUGGCUAGAACCCCGAAAAAGAAAUAUUCUACGCUGCAUAAUGUUGUACGGUCCCAGUCAUAAUACUGCAUUGCCAAUCUUGAUAUGCAGAAAAUAGGCUGCAUAAAAAUGAGAACUAGAUUUUUCAGAUGGAUUUUCUUCAUUUCUCCUGAUUUAAUAUAAGCUUAUUAUCUCAUUCAGUGUAAGCCCGUUGAAAGUGUACCCUGAAUGCCACAAUGUAGGGCUCACAUUCUUCCUAAAAUGUUGAGUUCCUGGAUUUCGAAAAAUCUUACUUUGUCUGUAAAAGAAAAUGGAAAUCACUAAUAGCCGACUUGGCGGUGCAUGGUUCUAAGACUGGGGUGGGGAACUUUGGGCCCUCCAGAAGUUGCUGGACUAUAAUGCCCAUGAGCGCCCGCAAAUGUGGCCAGGAACAAUGAGAAGCUGCAGUUCAGCAACAGCCAGAGGACAAAAGGUUCAUUCAAUGGAAGUCUAUGGGAAGUCCUCUUAGAAGUUCCCAGACAGCUGGUUUUUGCUGUCAGGAUUUUUUCCCUUCAUGAAAGAGGCAUUUUCUGGCAGCAGGGUUUGAAAAUGUACAUGUCCAUUUUAGGACAAAUUACGUGUUGGUGAUUUCUGAUAAGCCCAAUUUUAAGCUGUAUUCUGGUGUAUGCUAGUUUGUGCAUAACUAGUAGGCAAAACAUUAUUAUUUAUUAAACUUGUAUACCACACUUCAUUUGAAGAUCACAUGGCGGUUCACAACAUAAAAAAACAAAAUGAAAGCACAAAAUACGUAAUACAAAAAACUCUCCAACACAUUUAAAAGGCACAUUUAUGGAGAACUGGGAAGCUGUUGAUCAGAAUAAAAGCGUGUGUGGGUUUUUUCCUGUACGUAACUGUUCUUAUAAUCUUCACAGCAAUACAGCCCUCUUCUUGCUGCCUUUACAACCCAAGGUCAGUCUGAACUGACUCUGUUGCUCAAGAUUCAGGAGUACUGUUAUGACAACAUCCACUUCAUGAAAGCCUUCCAGAAAAUAGUGGUGCUCUUCUACAAAGGUAAUGGUUUAACACUCAGUCAUGUGCAAAAGAAGAUAGAACACUCAAGAGUUUAACAUUUUAACUCUCUUUAACUCAUUUUAACUACUUAAGCUGUAGCUUCUGAUGCUUAUCAGUAAAGUCUUAAUCUCAAAGAAGAAAGCUGCAGCCCAUAAUUCCAUUAUGCCAGUUGAAAAGGGUCUUAGUCUUCUGCCCACAAUAGUGUUAACAGAACCCCGCCCCCCAUUGUGAUGUCAAGUGACUUUUUUGAGAUGUAGAUGAGUACCCUGUUGAUGAAAAUAGGGUGUCCUAAUGAGGCUUCAAGGGAUGCAGGUGGUGCUUUGGGUUAAACCACAGAGCCUAGGGCUUGCCGAUCAGAAGCUCCCAUUGUUAGGUCCCAGCUCCUGCCAACCUAGCAGUUCGAAAGCACGUCAAGGUGCAAGUAGAUAAAUAGGUACCGCUCCGGCGGGAAGGUAAACGGCGUUUCCGUGCACUGCUCUGGUUCGCCAGAAGUGGCUUAGUCAUGCUGGCCACAUGACCCGGAAGCUGUACGCCGGCUCCCUCUGCCAGUAAAGCGAGAUGAGCACCGCAACUUGAGUCGCCCGCGACUGGACCUAAUGGUCAGGGGUCCCCUUACCUUUUUAAUGAGGCUUCAGUUCCAAAGAUGUGAUUGAGCAACAUAUAAAAUGUAUUGCUUGAUGAACUGGUCAAGUCUAGUGGAAUUUACAGCCCAAACAAUGCUAAGACCACAGAGCAUGAGGAACGUGGCUUGGCAAACUUACUGGUGGUUGUUUUUUUUAGAGAGUUUGCAUUUAAGCACUUCUGUGCUUUGAAAACACAUGGUUUGACUUGGCAUCUGUUUUCUAAACUCUGCUGCAUGAAGGUAUAGACACUGCUUGCCCUAACCCCACUUUGUUUUCAACAGCUGAGGUUCUAAGUGAAGAACCCAUCCUGAAAUGGUAUAAAGAUGCACAUGUUGCCAAAGGAAAGAGUGUCUUUCUGGAACAAAUGAAAAAGUUUGUAGAAUGGCUCAAGAAUGCUGAGGAAGGUGAGUAAGCCUGAUGCAAUUCCGCUUUGCUUACUGUGCAUUCAUUUGAAUAAGUUUACAAAGUGUUCUCAUGCUGGAAUACUUGUUUGUUUUCUUUCAGAAUCUGAGUCUGAAACUGAAGAAGGUGACUAAGUUGUCAAAAACAGUAAAGCAAACAGGAGCAGUAGAUAAAAUGUCAUGUCUUUGUGUCCUGAUUCUUACAUCCUACCUCCCUGUAUCAAGCAUGAUAUAAGGGCUCUCAUGGCAAAUUUUUGUUUGUGUUUUCUAUGGUCAUUAGAGAACACCAGAUUUAGGUUUUAAAACCAUGUGUUAGUAGCUUACAGGAGCUAUAGAUUUGAUUCUAACAUUGCAUUAGUUUUUUGAGUUACCUUCUACCUCCUGUAUUUUCUACUGUAACAUAAUUUAAGGCCUUCCACAACUUAAAUUCAUUUUAUCCCUGGGUUUUCUAUAAAAAAAGUUUACAAGUAGACAUGAUUUGGAAAAAUGAAAUUUGUUAUAAAAAUUCUGUUUGCAAAUUAAACUGUACAAGUAUCCAAAGUAAAGAGGCCAUACUUGUGUAAUUGUGUGUGAAAGAUAACUAGAUCCAAGCAAGAGUGAUGGGAUUCCUAACAUCACAUCAUUCCCUGUUCAUAAUACCACUGCAAUUUGCAGUCACUAAGCUCAGUAUUCAAACUACGCUCUUUGCCUUCAGCUUCCUGGUUCUGGUGUUCUUGCAGUCUUAUGCAGAUCCUUGAACAAUCUAUUCUCUUUGAAAAAUGUAUUUUUCUGCCUUGCUAUUAGUUGGAAACAGAACAAAGUUUGCAUUGACCAUUUUUGAGCAAUGUUGUAUACUAUUUUUUAGCUUGUAGUAAACCAAGUCCUCAAAAAUUAAUGAACGUGACUAGGUUAUGUCUAGUGGGUCUAGAUUAUUAUAUGGGUCUACUUUUGAGUAGGAUGAGUGUUGAAUACCAUCCUUUUAAAGGUUAAAAGGAUUUGCAUUUUAGAUGCUGAAUGUGAAAGUGAAAAAGGUUCUGGAACCCCAAAGAAGCUCCAACUAUCAUUUAGAUUCCCAAUAAUUUACAUGGUUGGAGAAUGUAUUCUUGCUAACCAGGAUCAGGAAGAGAAAUAUUGUGUGUGUGCUCCAAUGCUGCUUUCACUGAAAAAGAAUGGAAGGAAAUUAGGCAACUCUUGCAUACUAUCUGCAUAAGCUAUCCCUAGUUUUCCUGUUACUAGUCUCAGACCCCCAUGGUCUCUGUACUCCCGAAUCUGCAAGAGAAAGGGGAAUUGUCUAAAUUGGACCCAAUUGUUGAUAGAGGAAAGCUAUUUCCUAUAGGCUUCUUUGUUUCUUUAAGUGCAUUAGGUGUUCUGAAUAUCCCCGGGUCAGAAUAUAUUCUGGUUACAUUUAGCAAGAUGUAAUAUAGCAGAUGUGACUCUAGUAGUGGGCCUACUGGUAGAGAAUGGACGAGUCAGGCAGUUCAGAAUAGCAGCCAGGGAGUGCUUCUUUCAGUGCAGAAAUACAUGGGUUUCUACGGGUGAAUCUGUUUCAGUACAUGCAGGUCCUGCUUUCCCACCCUGAAAUGCCAAAGGAAAAACUUGCGUGUCUGAUUGCUCUCCCUCUGUCCGUUGUUUCUACCCAAAAUGGCUGCUUCUGACCAGUGAAAUGUAAGUGGGCAAACUCCAGCUGUUUAGCUAUGUGAAUCAGCCACAUGCGUUGUGAGGUUUUGGCUGAGCAAAAGCCCUGUGUGUAUACAGUUCCACCAAGAUGCAGGUAACUACCUACUUCCCUAACAAAUGUUGCCAGAUUUUGGCAGUAAAAACUUGGGAAUAGGCUCCAUUUACAGCAACUGUGCCUUUUCCCCUGGUGCAUUCACCCUUGGCCAGAAGACAGGAUACUUCAGAGUUUUGUGAAAAUGCAGGUUCUGUCCUUUUUAAAGGCUUUAAGCCGGUGGGUUAUAUUUGGUUCUAGACAACUUUCUAGGGGCUAGAGAUUUAAAUCAGCACGCUUUGUCGAGCAGCUCUUUGAAACUGCAAAGGACAGAUUGCUGUAUGUAAGGGGCAUGUUCAACAAUACUGAUUUACAAUUUCCUCUAUGCUACCUAUUAGUUUGCAUAUCAUGUCAAACUGAUAAAGGUGUGGAUUGUUUAACAGUAUGCCUGAUUAGAAAUUUGAAUGAUUAGUUUGCCAAACUAGGACUUCUGUCCUUCUAUUAACUUCGGAACAGAACCUGUUGUUCCAACUGCAACAAGGAUGCAUGUGCGGGCUGCAGCCGUUAACAAAAAAAAGCGCAACAUUAAGGAGAACAUGGUUCUUUUGCAUUAGGAAAAAGAAACAGGCAAGUUCUUUUUGUCAAAUGCUUUAUUUCAAGUGGAAGGUUUAACAGAUGAACAAGACAAUAUGAAAAGAAAUUUACAGAUCUAAUUAC